CCCGCCAAAAACAUCAAACAAAGCCGUUGUCGUCUCCUAUAGUCCAGAACUAUGGGCGUCAAGCAUAAACUGUACCAAAUUCAAGGAAGUAAAAUCACCUACAAAACCCCAGAAAGUCCAUGGAACACUCGCUUAAGAGAGCUAGCGAACCAAUCCCUCUUCACUCAAGCCCUUUCUCUAUAUCCCCAGAUGCUCCGGUCUGGUGCUGCCCCCAAUACCUUCACCUUCCCUUUCGCUCUCAAGUCCUGUGCCGCUCUCUCUCUCCCUAUCUCCGGCAAGCAACUUCAUUGCCACGUUGUCAAGACCGGAUGCGAGCCUGAACCCUUUGUGCAAACUUCGUUGAUUUCAAUGUAUUCUAAAUGCCGAUUGAUUGAUGAUGGGCGCAAGGUGUUCGAUAAAAACCCUCUGUCGGGUAAGUUGGCUGUCUGUUACAAUGCUUUAAUUUCUGGGUACACGUCCAAUCUUCGAGUUCUUGAUGCGCUCUUGUUGUUUGGUAAAAUGCGAGAAAUGGAUGUGGAGGUUAAUGCUGUUACGAUGCUAGGUUUGGUCCCUUUAUGUGGGUUGCCUGAGCGUUUGGGACUUGGGAUGUCUCUUCAUGGUUAUAGUUUGAAGGUUUGUUUGGAUAUAGAUACAUCUGUUGGAAAUUGUUUUCUAACAAUGUAUGCUAAAUGUGGGUGUAUCGAUUACGCAAGGAAUUUGUUUGAUGAGAUUCCCGAGAAGAGGUUGGUUACUUGGAAUGCAAUGAUUAGCGGGUAUUCGCAAAAUGGACUUGCUAGCAAUGUGUUAGACCUUUAUGGGAAGAUGGAAAGAUCUGGGGUUUGUCCUGAUCCUGUAACUCUCGUUGGGGUCUUAUCAUCUUGUGCACACCUUGGUGCCCGCUCUCUAGGCAAGAAAGUAGAACAGCUUAUAGAGACUCGUGUGUUUGGUUCUAAUCCAUUUUUGGACAAUGCCCUGAUUAAUAUGUAUGCUAGGUGUGGCAAUCUAGUAAAGGCACGUGCCAUUUUUGAUGGAAUGCCUGUCAAGAAUGUAGUUUCCUGGACAGCAAUCAUAGGUGGCUACGGAACGCAUGGGCAUGGGGAGAUUGCUGUGGACCUUUUUGACAAAAUGAUCAAAACUGCCAUUAAACCUGAUGGAGGAGCAUUUGUAAGUGUAUUGUCUGCUUGUAGCCAUGCGGGACUGACUGAUAAGGGCCUAAAUUAUUUUGCAAUAAUGAAGAAAUAUGGGCUGCAGCCAGGUCCAGAGCAUUACUCUUGUGUGGUGGAUCUUUUAGGUAGGGCAGGUCGUCUCAAAGAAGCUCGAGAGUUCAUUGAAUCAAUGGAGGUGGAACCUGAUGGGGCAGUGUGGGGAGCCCUUCUGGGUGCUUGUAAAAUUCACAAAAAUGUAGAGCUAGCAGAGUUAGCUUUUGAAAGAGUCAUUGAGCUUGAACCCACAAAUAUUGGUUACUAUGUGCUGCUAUCUAAUAUAUAUUCUGAGGCAGAGGAUCUUGCAGGGGUAUUAAGGAUUCGAGUGAUGAUGAGGGAGCGGAAGCUCAGAAAAGAGCCAGGGUGCAGCUAUGUCGAACAUAAAGGGAAAGUUCACCUGUUCUUGGCUGGGGAUAGAAGACAUCUCCAGACCAAGGAAAUAUAUAAGAUGUUGGAUAAGCUAGAAAAUUCAGUGAAGGGAUUUGGAGUUUCUGAGAAGAACGAAAAUGAAAAAAGAAAGGAAGAACUCGGUAUGGGCGUGCACAGCGAAAAGUUGGCUGUGGCGUUCAUGCUCUUAGUCACAGACCCAGGGACAGAGAUCAUUGUGAUAAAAAAUCUUAGGGUAUGUGGAGACUGUCAUAUGUUCAUAAAAUUGGUAAGCAAGAUUGUCGAUCGUCGGUUUGUUGUUAGAGAUGCAACCCGUUUCCAUCAUUUCAGCAAUGGAUUCUGUUCUUGCAAGGAUUAUUGGUAACACAAAUUGAAGGUUGGCACAUUUCUACAUUGUCAAGCCCUUUGUUGACAAUAAAGCAAGAUCCUGGAAUUAGUCUUGGGAUAGCUGUGGUGAUGCUGGAAGAAUCUUUCACCGCUGACUCUGGGUUGCUCGAUGCAAUAAAGAGAGCAGGAGCAUGGAUUCUCUCAGAAAUUUUCCUCCAUUUCAUAAUGAGAACAUUUAUUUGGUUACCACUUGGUCUCUGGCCUGUCGAGGCAAAAUUCAUUAGAGAAAUCACCAUCCAGUUUGCAUAAUUGUCUGUGCUAGUGGACAUGUGAAUUAGGUGACUAUGUUUCACAAAUAAAGCGGUGAAAUUAGCCCAUGCUAGAGAACUCGGCCUGGGAGGAGAUAUUACAUUAUUGAAUAAGCUAGAAAAGUCUUGGAGGAACUUGUGCAUGUCAAAACUCGAAAGAGAAUGGCAGAGGGGGAAGAAUGAACCUUGAAGUGGAAUGGCUAAAGAGGAACUAAUAGGUGUGGAGGAGCCUGAGUCACGCAGCUGGUGAAAUAAUGCUCUUGAUAACUUGAGUCAAAAGGACUUGCUCGACGUGAGAAGGCAAGUUCGAGGCCUCUCAUUAUGGACCUGAUUGGCCAUUCCAGAUAUCACUAGCAUAAUGUUUUGCCAAGAACUUGUGUCUGCAUAACAUAUAUUGCCAAUGGUGGUCACUGAAAGGAUUGAUCUAAGGCCCUGUUUGGUUUCGAUGUACUACAGUUGUAAUAGGAAUCCUAUUAUGCAUAAUCAG